UAACUGACUAUCUACUUGUUUGAUCAUUUUCGGGUCUUUCAGGUACAAAAUAGCGUUUGCUGCGCUGAAGUCCUUGCAGAAUUUGGCUUUAGACCACAUGUAAUACUGUUCCGCAUUCGAAAACUUCUGUUCAUGAAUAAGCAGCCGCCGACAGACGUGGUGGUUAGAAAAGGCAUGCGUAUCUAACGAGUAGGGUAUGAUAUUUCCCUCAGAAACCAUAGACUUCAGAACCGGAGGGUCUAUCAGUUCCCCUUCAUCCGACUCGUCAUCGGAUUCCUCAUCGCUUAUCGGCUGCAUCAUGCCCUUUUCUUUUGGAAGACCAUUAGUUUGCUUCUUAGUUGAAGUGUCAUCAGAAGGUAACGAUGUUAAUAGGGGAGACGACUCUGCCUUCACUUCAUCUGAAGGAAUCGACGUUUGGUUCACCGCUGUGGCAGCAGCCGGCUGAGGCUCUACAGUGGGUGAAGACUCCAAGUCCUUUGCAGGUUGAGGUUUAGGCUCCUGUUUAGACAAGGCGGCUCUUCGGUGAGGUAUUAUAACAGUUAGAGUUUCCGACUUGUGCACAUGCGCGUCUUUCGUCGAGAGCUCAGCAUCGUCCUUUGCUGGCCUUUUCCUCGACGAUGGACUUUCCACGUGUGGUCCCUGAAAAUCUCUUCGUAUCACAAUGUCACGAGCCUUCCUGGAAAACCCGUCGGAUGAGGAGGGAGCAGGCCGUUGAUCUGGACCUUUACUGCAGAAAACCACCUCCCUUCCCGCCUCUUUCGAUUUUGGCAGCAUUUGCACAUCAUUCCUAUUUGUAGAUGGCCGAUUCGCAAUGCCUCCACUUUCAUUCUCACGCGUGUGUCGGUAUUGCUCAGGAUGCUCGCAAGACAGACGUGAUGAUAUGGCCGAAAGAGGGGCGUAUAUGCGAUUUCUUUUAUUAUCUGGCGGAUUGGUGGAAGUCGAUGGCUCAAAUCUAGUGAGUUCUACGCUUCUCGCUGAUGUGCUAGGCUUCAUCGAGUUGUCGACAAUAACCACGUCGUCCUCCAGAAAUAUUGGACACCUCGACUCAAACUGCGGUCUGAAUGUGUUCAUUGAACGAAGAGAGAGGUAG